AUGGAUAUCGAGGAAGGAGAAACGCAGAAAGCCUUCUACAGCAAGGGUUCGGCCAUCAUGAUGGUUGUAUUUUCUGGUCUUGCCAUCGGCUCAGAUGGCUAUAACGCUGCCGUGAUUGGCAACGUCGAACUUCUGCUCGCUAUUCUCUACCCAGAUUCGUUAACAAGCUCAAUCUAUACACGACUGUCCAAUGCAUUCUUGAUUGGCAUGAUUGUGGGUAUGUUGGGCUUCGGCGUAGUCUCUGAUCAGCUCGGCCGAAAGACUGGUGCUGUAGCGACGACUGUAUUGCUGGUUUUGGGAAUCGUAUUGUCGACUGCGGCACAUGGUACUGACGAGACCGGUAUGUUCUGGAUGCUUAUCAUCGCUCGUGGCAUCGCUGGUGUCGGAGCUGGUGGUGAAUACCCUGUAGCCGGCGCUGGCGCUGCUGAGAGUACCGAUGAGAGUGCCGGCAUGCGUAAGCAUCGUGGAUUCAUGUUUGCGAUGAUCGCAGAUCUAUCUGCUUCAUUGGGCUACGUUUUUGGUGGGCUCGUGCCUUUGCUGCUCUUGCUUUGCGUCCAUCAGAGAGAGGACAAGUACGACAUUGUGUGGCGACUCAGUUUCGCAUUGGGCUUGAUCCCACCCGUCUCGAUCUUCUGGUUCCGAUACAAGAUGGCAGUCUCCACAGCCUACCGUAAGGCUUCCAUGAGAAAGCAGAAGAUUCCCUAUCUCCUGGCAAUCAAGCGUUACUGGAGACCUCUUCUUGGAGUAUCAUCGACCUGGUUUCUAUACAAUUGGAUCGCCAUUCCCUUCGGCAUCUUCUCCGGAACAAUAACGAACCGUGUUAAUGCUGGUGACUCACUCAUAACCAAUCUGGGUUGGGGUGUGGUGAUCAACUGCUUCUACAUUCCAGGCCCUUUCAUCGGCGGCUACCUCUCGGACAAGAUUGGACGUCGCAAGACUAUGGCGCUAGGUUUCGCACUGCAGGCUGUCCUAGGCUUUGUCCUUGGUGGGGCUUACGGGAAGGUCGUAAAUAUCUUUCCGCUGUUUGUGGUCAUGUAUGGGAUAUUUUUGACCCUUGGUGAAGUCGGCCCUGGUUCAACCGUCGUGCUUGCUUCUUCGGAAAAUUUUCCUACAGCUAUCCGUGGACAGAUGAUGGGACUCUGCUCAGCCUUCAGCAAGGCUGGAGCCGCUAUCGGCACUCAGGUAUUCACACCCAUCACGGCGCAUGCAGGUGAUCAGGGGGCGUUCCUAGUCGGUUCAGGCUUCGCCGUGCUAGGUGCACUGAUAGCAUAUUUCCUCAUACCCGACGCAGAAAGGAAACUGGAGAACGAAGAUGAGGCCUGGAAGGCGUAUCUGGAGCAGAAUGGCUGGGCUGCUGACUGGGGCGACAAUGAGACUCAGGAUCCGAAGGGAGCGGUAAUUGACCAGCGUGUUUCGUGA